ACGACCAACAUAGGUAUAACAGAAUUCAAGGCUAAAGAGAUAUAUUAAAAUCUAUGAAAACGGAAUAAAUCAUCAUAAUAUGCACUAUUAAUGGUGAUAUUCAUUCACAGAAUGAGGUUUUCAAUUCUUUAUUGACCGAACAUAAGCCACCAUUUCUUCCUCAGUGAUUUGUAUAUAGAAAUUAAAUUUAUAUCAAUAAUUGGCGAGACAAAAAAAAAGAACGAUGACAAGUAGUGACGAAUCGAUUAGUGAAAUACAAACAUUUUUUAAAGGUACUAACGUUUUCGUAACUGGUGCUACUGGAUUCAUUGGAAACGUUCUAGUCGAAAAACUUCUUAGGACAUGUUUCGUGAACAAGGUGUACCUCCUAGUCAGGCCGAAGAAAAACAAAGACCCUCAGACUCGGCUACGCGAAAUGUUCAGUUCCUCGCUGUUCACGCGACUGUGGGACGAGCAACCGAAGUUCAUCGAAAAAGUGUUGCUCAUCAGUGGUGAUUGUGCGGAACCGAAUAUGGGUCUUUCACGGGCCGACGAAGAGUUUAUGGUCGCCAACAUGGACAUCGUCAUCCACUGCGCCGCCACGAUCAGUCUCAACGGCCCGCUUAAGCACACGAGUUUCAUCAACGUCAGGGCCACCAGAGAUUUGCUGUUGAUCGCCCGGCGUAUGCGCAGACUCAAAUCAUUUGUGCACGUGUCCACUGCGUUCGUGAACCCCAAUCAAGCGAUUACCGAAGAAAUAAUGUACGAUUGUCACAUAAAAGGGGACGCUUUGAUCAACUUGGUCGAAAACAUGUCCGAUUCGAUCUUGAACACGAUAACACCCGAAUGUUUAGGAUCGUGGCCGAACACGUACACGCUGUCGAAGUGCGUCGCGGAGAAUCUCGUAAAGGAAUAUGGUCAAAACAUGCCAAUAUGUAUCGUCAGGCCGUGCAUUGUCAUGUAUACGAACGAAGAACCGAUACCUGGAUGGGUAAACAUGAUGAAAAGUGUACCUGGCUUAUGUAUGGGUGUGGGUUUGGGAGCUAUACACGUGGUGUAUGUGGAUCCGAAUGUUAAUGGAAUAAUGAUACCGGCCGAUAACGUAGCGAAUAUGAUUAUUACUGCAGCUCAUCAUGUGUCUAAGCCACGUUCAAAUCCUACAAUUCCAAUAUUCAAUCACGUUCCAAACAAUAUGGUACCACCUUAUACAUAUGGUCAGGGUUUAAAUUAUAUCGUAGAUAUUUUAUUGAAGAAAAAAAUAUAUUCGGAAAAUCAGGUCUGGAAACAAUAUGUGAUUUUAACAAGUUCAAAAAUAAUGUUUACCAUAUUUUUUUUUAUAUACCAUUAUUUACCAGCAUAUUUUAUUGAUAGUUGUUUGUGGAUUGCAGGGAAAAAACCAAGGGUAACGAAAAUAUACAAAAAAAUGGAUGCUAUGAUGAGAGAUAUGAGCUAUUUUAGUUGCAACGAUUUUAAAUUUGAUGACAAACAAUUAAAAGCUCUCAUAUCGUCACAGAGUGAUGAGGAUAAAAAAUUGUUCAACAUGGACAUAACAAAUAUAAACUGGGAAGAAUAUUUUUUUAAAUCCAUACUUGGAAUCAAAAAAUACAUCUUAAAAGACUCCGAAGAUCCUAAAGUCGGCCAAAAACGACACCAAACAAUUAUGGUGGCUUAUUAUACCUUAUCGAUAAUUAUUUAUGGAUGUCUUUUAUAUUUAUGUUAUGUAUUAUUGAAAAUGAUAUUUCCUAUAAAUUAAAACGCGUUUGCAACAUUAUAUUAUA